UGAACCUAUGCAAGGCCUCUAUGCUUAGGAUAUUGAAGAAAUACUAAUAAAUAACAACAUAGAAUAUAUAGUCUUGAUUGGAUUGGAGUGAUUCAAAGGCAUGUGAUAGGUCCCACCAGAGUAAAAGGUCAACACAAAUUUGAUUGGGUUGGGGAUGGUGGAUUUGGGUUAAUAGAACGAGAGAAGGAAGGAAUGGGAGGAGGCAAGCCGCAAGGCAACAAUUAUUCCCGGAACCCAAUGAGAGAUGGGUGAUGAUGAUGCAAUUUCUUACGAAAUCACUAUCGGCUUCUGUGUGAGUGGGCCAUCCUACCUCUCCUUCCGAUGUCCAAUCCAGAAGCAAAAGGGUGGGCAGGACAAGAGUACUUUCUCAAUAGCAUCAACGCCCAUCGUGACACGGCAACACCCUCCACCCGAUUGGUGUCUGAAAUCCCCUGGAUAUGGAUGUUGGAUUAGAAGGGGAGCCGUUUCUGUCUUCCAGGCUCGAGCCCAUUCUGGAGGUGGAGGUGGAGGUGGAGACGGAGGGUGAGGGUGAGGUCGAUGAUCAAUUCCCAUUCAACAUUUCGGAACCCACCAUCUCCAACCAAGACAUUCGAGACCCUUGUGCCCCUGGACCAUCUACUACCCAUUUCUUGCCCCGCAAAACCAUUCACCGCUGCAAGACCGCGCCGGCCUUAGCCGUUAUGCGAGACGCCAAAUCGCAGCCGGCCCAACUCCCCAAACCCAACUCUGACUCUACCUCCAUCAUCAGACAGGCCUUCUUCUUGCUCUUUCUCUAUCUCUCCCUGGGCGUCGUUAUCUACUCCUUCAAUCGGGACAACUUCUCCGGCAUCGAGACCCACGCCGUGGUCGACGCCCUUUACUUCUGUAUCGUCACCAUGUGCACCAUAGGCUAUGGCGAUAUCGCUCCUCUCACCCCCGCCACCAAGGUCUUCGCCUGCGUUUUUGUACUGGUGGGCUUUGGAUUCAUAGACAUAUUGUUGAGUGGGGUCGUGAAUUAUGUUCUUGAUUUGCAGGAGAACAUGAUUUUGACUGGCAUUCAGGUGGGUGGAGCACCAGCCGGUGGCUUUUCUGCUAGGAACUAUAUAGUCGAUGUGGAGAAGGGAAGAAUGAGAAUCAGAUUGAAAGUUGGGUUAGCUCUAGGAGUAGUUGUACUAUGCAUUGGUAUGGGCACAAUGGUGCUGUAUUUUGUGGAGAAUUUAGACUGGAUUGAUGCUGUUUACUUGUCUGUCAUGUCAGUCACCUCGGUUGGAUAUGGGGAUAGGGCCUUCAAGACUCUGCCCGGUCGCUUGUUUGCUGCAAUUUGGCUUCUCUUCUCAACCCUGGCAGUGGCUCGGGCUUUUCUGUAUUUAGCAGAGGCAAGGAUUGAUAAGAGGCAUAGGAGAAUUACAAAGUGGGUGUUGCAUAGGGAAAUUACAGUCGAGGAUUUGCUUGCGGCUGAUAUCAACAACAAUGGUUUCAUUAGUAAAUCAGAAUAUGUCAUCUACAAGCUCAAGGAGAUGGGGAAGAUUGCGGAAAAUGAUGUAUUGCAGAUCUGUAAUCAGUUCAACAAGCUUGACCCCAACAACUCUGGAAAAAUAACCCUGCCUGAUCUCUUGGAGAAUCACUUGUGAUAAGAAAUGAAAUGGUCAUUUGAAUUCAAUGGCAGUGGCUGGGUUUUGAUUUCUCUGUUCUGAGCAAAGAGGCAGGAAUCCAAGGCUGGCAAGUACCUUCCCAGCCUAAAUUUGCAAGUGGCAAGGAUAUGCAUUUCCAUCUCUUGCAAGUAAGCUUUUGCACAAGCAACUGUAAAUUUCAUGGAGAGUACAGAACUCAUCAAAUUCUUUUUGUGAUAUCAGAAGAAAAAGGAAUGACAGAAGAAACAGAUUGAAGACACUGGAUGCUUUCUCUCAUGUGGCUUCUUCUCUUUACAAGAUAACAUUUUGUUAAGAAAUCUAAUAGGCAUGGAGUCUUUCAAAUUGUAUGAUGUAUUGUUUGAUACUAAUGAUCUCAAAAGUGAACAGUAAUGAGAAAGGAUCAAAUGCCAUGGGGUUGGUUUCCCUUUAGUUA